UUAAAAAAAAUAUUUUCACAACUAACAAUAUAGAUCACUUAAAUUUAUAUAAUUGUUAAAAUAUUAUUAUUAGUUACAGAAACAGCCUAACUGCGAAUACAAGUCACUGAUUUAUAUAAUACAUUUUUGGCGUUAUUUCGUAGUAAAGAUUUAAAAAAGUAAAUUGAUUUUGUUUCUUUUACCUUUUUUAUAAAUAUAAUAUUCCAUUUUCUUUCUCAUCAUUAUAGGAAAUUAGGAAAUUAUGAAACUAAGAGAUAAAAUUUAUCUUUCAUUCCGUUCAUACAGGCGGAUGUUUAAUCUCGAUAGUUAAUUUAGAAUAUAUAUUUCAGUUUUAAUCAUGUCACUUAAAAUUCAAUUUGUAAAAUGCAUAUUAUGUGUUAUUUUAUACAUUAUAAUUUAUGUUAUUUUAUUAAGAUUAAAACAGAAUUCUUAUUUAACACAAUAUUCAAGUUCAUUGUUUUUUGCAAAGUAUAAUCAAACAAAGCAAAAAUGUUCUUUAAUUUCUCAAUCUGUUAUAAAACCAAUUAAUUUAGAGAUAGAACUUUUAGAAUAUGAUGAAAUGAAAGGAGAAUCAAUUAAUUUGCAAGAAAGUGCAACAAUGUUGCAACAAAUUUCAAAUGUAUGUAUGAAAUAUAAUUUAAAAACUCCUUUAAUAAGAAAACAUUUUUUAUAUAAUUCUGAACAUAAAGUAAUGUAUUGUUGGAUUCGAAAAGUAGCUUCAACAAGUUUCACAAAAUUAUUUACAGAUUUAAAAAAUCGUCUACCCACACGAAAUUAUUAUAGACAAAUUGACAUUCUGAUACCACAAACAUCAAAUGAAUUACAACUUAUAUUAAAUAACACAAAAAUAUUCAAACUUCUUGUGGUACGACAUCCUUUUCAAAGACUUGUAUCAUCAUAUAGAGAUCGAAUAGCAGAUAAUACAAAAUAUACUGCACAAGCUUGGAUUUAUACAGAAAAAAUAUUUCGUUUUACUAGACCUGAAUUGUUUCAUUCGAAUACGACAACUGGUAAUUUUCGAGAAAGAGUAUUUACAUCUGAUAAAAGAUUAAAAAUAAUACCAACUUUUAAAGAAUUUUUGGAAUGGCUUUUACAAAGUUCUGAAGAAGAUGUUCAUUGGAUUCAAUAUUAUAAACAUUGCGCUAUAUGUAAUAUACGAUAUAAUUUCGUUUUAAAGUUAGAUGAUUAUACAUAUGGACAAAUAAAUUAUAUUUUUUCUAAAUUUGGUUUGGAUAAAAAUAAAGUAUAUUUUCCCAAGUUAGAGGAAACACGAGGUGGAUAUACAAACUUCGAUACUACAUGUAAAUAUUUUGCAAAUUUAACACAAGAUAUAGUUUUGAAAUUAUAUGAAAAAUACAAAAUUGAUUUCGAAAUGUAUAAUUAUAAUGUUAAUCAAUAUAUAAAUUGUGCAUAUAAAAAAUAUGAAAAAUUUUAAUCAAAUAAAAUAAUAUUUUGUAGUAAGAAAAAUGUAUUUAUUCGUUUUUGUAUAAAAAUGUAUACCAUAACUAUAAUAUAUAAAAUGGCAUACUAUAAACAUAAUAUCGUAUUUUUAUAAAUAUUUGUAAAAAUAAAAAUACGUUUUAUUUAGAUAAGAUUAAUAUUAUACAUAUGUUUUUUGUUCUAGUCAAGUACACUAUGAACUUAUUA